AUGGGUGAUGCGCAGGCGGCAGGGGAGGGUCCGCGCUGCGUUGGAUGCGGCGGGCGCGUGAAGACGCUCUUCGUGCAGUACUCCCCGGGAAACAUCCGCUUGAUGAAAUGCGAUAAGUGCAAGGCUGUUGCUGAUCCCUACAUCGAGUGCGAGUUCAUGAUCAUCUUGAUUGAUCUCGUCCUGCACAAGACAAGGGCGUACCGCCAUGUUCUGUUUAAUAAGCUGAGCAUGGGAUCAUCUGUUGACAAGGGAAUACUUUACCGGUCUACUUUGAUACAUAUUGCUCUUGACGCAUUCAGAAUAUCUUUUUCGAAAGGAAACAGAGCUGAUGGGGCUUCUUCCAGGAGUAUUUUCUCAACAAUUUCCAAUUGCACUGAGGUUAUUGGCGACGCAUUGUUGGGAAACAUCAUAUUUAUGAUCAUGUUACUCCUGGGAGUGCGAUUUAUUCUCAAAUUAUCUUUCGAUAUUAUAAGGUACAGGGAUGUUUUGUUCGCUGUCAUCAUUUCAAGCUACUUCAAGUUGUUUCUUUUCACAAUGAUGGUUUGGGAGUUCCCAUCAUCUGUUAUAUUCAUUGUUGAAAUGUUUGUUCUCUCAUCAAAUGUUGUAGCCCUGAGAGUUGUUUCGCAGUUUCCAAAAGCCCACUGCUUCGCGGUCUGCUUACUAGCGCAUGCAGCAAAAUACUUGACCCAGUGA